GGAGGAGGAAGAGGAAGAGAAGGAGGGGCGUCACCCAUCGGCCGAGGGGACAGGUACACUAGGAGUAAGAGUAACCCUGACCUGCUGGCGGCCAGAGACUGGAACCCACCACCCGCCACCAGGGACCCCAAGGUUAAGAGCUCCAGUGAGGCCAACUUGCUGGGGUCAGAUGUGUACUACCGUGAGCGUCGUGCUGCUGCUGCCGCCGCUGCCGCCGCUGGUGGUGGUCGAGGCUUCAAUAAACUCGCUGGCUCACAGAUGUCCCUCGUGUCCCGUCAGUCCCGCCGCUCCAGGCAACACGGCGCUAUAUUUAACCAGCCCCCGGACGGGACAGCUUACCGGGAGCCGCCCAUGCUCAACGAUAAGCUCUUCCCCCGCGACAACCCCUGGCCAGAGGAGGGCGGCAUGGGCAUCAAGGGCCCCCACCUUCAGGUCCGUGGGCUGGUGUACGAGACGCAUGGGCGUGGUGGGCGGACCCAUCUCUUGGACGGCAUCUCCCUGGAGGCUCGUGGCGGCGAGGUCUUGGCAGUGAUGGCCACCAAUGGUGAGUACCUUAUAGUGUUGUUCCUACACCCUGAGUCUUAGUACUUAUACCAUCAU